CGAUGCAAAAACCUGCGAGUUUUUAAAGAAGCGUGAAUAUCCAAUAUUCGGAAGAAACUCAUGCACUGAUCGAUCAAUACGACGGAUACUUUUCUUAUAAACAGAUGUUGUUUUAGUAAACUUUUAUGCGCUAUUCUGAAUGUACACCAAAUGAAAGAUUUAAAUUAAACUUAUAUAAUAAAGAGAAUGUAAUAAAAUGUACUUUUGUCUGAUGACAUGUAACGAAUAACGAACGUUAUUAAAAAUGCACAUCAUUUCUCUGAUAUUCCAAUUCGAAUCUUUCGCGACAAUUUUUUUUUUUUUUUUUUAAGUGCACUUUUCAUCAACAUUUGACACUUUUUAUUAUCAUCAUGAUAUCUCUGCGUAAAAUCGAUAUAAAGAAAUAAAAUUUAACCGGCUUUAUAAUGAAUUUAUUCGCCAGGCAUUCGAGAGGCAUCGAGAAGCGAAGUGUAGUCAGUUUAGUUUGGGAGUUGAGAGUCUCUCGUUGACAGCCUUCUCUUGUCGCGAUUGUCAUCGCCGUGGUAUUGUCUGAAGCACCGGAAAUGCUCCCGCCGGAAGAACCAUCCUAGCAGUCCCAGCCCGAACUACGCACAGCGAUCCCCUCCUGUCAUCGAGACCUGCGUGGGUCUUGGGCGCGUCCGCGCACGCAUGAAUGCUCGCUCGUUUCCAUCCACGUAAAUAGACGUUCGAUCCCGGCACCGCCGUUGCCGAUCACGUUCGGUACACGGGACCCAUCGCGUAGGAUUAAAUAGAGAACGAGCUCGCAAGGUGUGAAUACUAAUUGCAAAGGAUCACUCGGCAUCGAGAUAAAAAUCUUCUCGUUCAUUGAGCAAUUUUUACGCGUUUAUUAUUAUCAGUAUUUAUAUCGGAAGUAAUAAUAACGAUUCGCCAAAUAACGUCAGCGCUCGACAAUCUGUCUUCAAUUAGUACGAAAUCAGAACUACACUGAGGAAAAUGAUUCAAUUAAUGUAACAAGACUUUUUUCAGUGUACGCUUGUAUCAAGAAGGACUGAAAGAAUUUGUAUUUUUUUUAGUUUUUUAUAAUUUGUUAAAUAUUUACUACUAUAUAAAAAAUAAAAUUUUCUCAUGUAGUAUAAAUGGAAAAUAAAAUGAUGCAGCGGGUACUGAGUUGAUUUUGAUGGAAGAUACACAUGCAUCUUGUUGUUUCCUUGAAAAUAACGGAUCGGUCUCUGUAAAUAGUAUGUUUUUAUAUAAUUUAUUCAAUUUGCAUUUUAUUAAUAUAAUAUAUAUUUUGUAAACAUAUUUUUAUAACACAUAUUGAUUUAAAAAAUAAUCUUGUGUUUUUUCUUAUAUUUAUUAUAUCCAUGAAUUAUUAUAAAAUUGGUUUAUUUCUAGUUUUUUUUUAGAAAGUUUAGAACAGAAAGAGAAUUUGGUUAAAGAAACCCAAAUUGCCUAUGGAAUAAGUAAAAAUACUAUUUGUUUAAGGGUUAAAUUCAUUUAAUACGUGAUCCUUUUAUCUUUAUUUGACAAAAUUGAGAAUUUGUCCUACUAAAAUUAUCUGAUUUCUGAUAAUAAUAUACAUAUGCACGUAUAUUAUUAUUUUUAAUUAUGAAAUCGAAGGCGACGCUACGACAUAGCUUAUCAUACGUCUCGCGAACUCGACAAUAAUGAAGACUGUGGAAGAUAGAUGAUCGUUUCCACGCGAUUCGCGAUAUCCUCGAGAAAAAUCGUGCUCGUGUCUGACGAAUGCGAACCGUUAGCUGCCGAGGAGCCGCCAUUAAAACAUCUUGUCGUGAGUUAAGCUCGCGAUUUGUAUGCACGACGUGUACCGAACGUGACACAUCCAAUCGUGAUUCCAACCGACAAACCCGACCGAGGCAGAAGUUUUUUUCUCUGAAGCGCAAAAUGAUUAGAUCGUCCAAACCAAAGAAUAUCGCGAUGACUAAUUUUAUUGGAUGCGGUAGUUGGAAUAUCUUCGGAAAGUUGUAAAAAGAAAUGUUUACAAAUUGUAAAUUUCAUUUAUAACUUGAAACUCUUAAUUUAUAUAUAUAUAUUUUUACACUUUUUUUGUAUUUUCCAAGAUAUGUUUAUCUGUAGCAUUUAAAAUGAGACACUGCCUGUAUAUGAACUCUAUGUAACGCACUUUUAUUCUUGAUCGAUUGUAAACAAUUGUCUCCCGAAAUAUCAUAAAUUAUUUAAAAGAACAGAAUAUCUAAAAUAAACUUCAAUUAUUAUAUUUGGUACACCCAGUUCCAUAAUCUUCGAAUUUCAAACCUAAAUUUAGUCGACGAAGAAAGCAGGAAAUCGUGUUGCAAGACGCCUUUCUUAAGAACGCGACGCCUAUAAAUAAUUAAUAUAAUUAAGAUUGCGUCGAUCUAAAUCUAAUUUGGUGGAAACGUGCGCUCGUUAACACAUACAAAAUGCUUUCUACUUUGCUUCUGGUAGCAGCGUGGAAUAAAGAUCGCGCCUUGCAUCGCCUACUUUGCGCCUGCGUCCCUAAUCUCGCUAUUGUUUCGCGGGGAUUAUUUCACGGCGGAGGUGGCUAAUUGCAUGUCGCUGUCGACGCGCGUGGGAAAGCGCUAAUGAUUUCCACGCGUGACUUCGCGAGCGACGUUAUCUCGCUCCUCCUAUCGCUCCGAUUUGAAGAGAGGAAAUUAGGAAUUCGUUUUUAUCAUCAUUGAGACGUUUCUCUCGCGCUUAUUACAGAAUUAUUUGGAACUCUCUUACAGAAUCAGUGUGUCAAUAUCUGAAACAUCUUUAUAAAUAUUUAAAUUUGAAUUUUCUCACCAACUGCAAAUACUCAUAGAGUCAAGAGAAAUCAAGUGGAGACUGAUUCUUAUCUUGGACUGAUUAUGAGAGCUAGCACACUUACAAUCAAAUGAAUCUAAGUAGAGAAUCUAGUAUUUUUUAUGUUCCUACAAUUUGUCAUAAAUUUGUUUUACAAGAAAGUAUAAAAGCAUAUUUUGUUUUAUUUUAAAUUUAAUUCUUACAUUUCGGGGCAAUUACAUAAUAAUUGUAACAUAUAUGACAAACGUAUAGAAUAUGAAAUCAAUUCUUUGUAUUGUAUAAAUUAGUUUUAGUUGGACUGAAGUAGAAGAAAAAAUUGAUUCGGAUCUGAAAAUAAUCUGAUAACUUCGUAAGCUUGUCCAACUCUAGUCUCUGAAUCAUCUCUUUUAUAAUUUUAGAUUCCAUAUUAUCUCAAUCUAUAAAGAAAAGAAAAUCAAAGCCUUAUAAAAUUUUUUUGUAAAUUUGGUGCGAUUAUAUUGCGGCGCAUUUAAUCCGUUGAUUUUCGGAAGACGCAACUUCCGUUAUGAUCCAAUGCUUAUCGUCACCGGCGACCGCACAUCCUCCGGCGAUUACGGAACGAAGAUCUAUCAGGGACAGGCAGUCUGUUUUGAACGGUUUGCACAGUCUGUUCUCGUCGCGACGAUUGCACGCAUGCAACUCGAUUGAGGCAAAUUGAACGGCAUCCGGAAGCCUCACCGUGUGGUCGUUUCGUCGUCUUACAUGGUGUACAAUGUCGCGAAAGCUUUCCAAUUUACAUCGUUUAAUUAUUCGUUAUCGUACCUAAGUUACUUUCCUGUCUUUCCUCUACUCGAAAACACGUGCAGGAAAUGUUAAUCUUUACAACAAGCAAUGAAGUUAAUUUUUUUUUAAAUCGUUGAUUGUUGUCUCUCAUUAACUUUAGGAAUUGGAAAUCGAAUUAUUAUUUCUGUACGGCGGAAUUUUGAUUGAAAAUGCAGUGAAAUUUCUAUAUUUCUAUAUUUUCGGUUAUGCAAACUCAAAACGGGGAACUUCCGGAUAACGCGGCUUCCGAUUGAAAUUGCGUUACACGUAGAAAUAAUACUGCAGAUGUAUUGUGUAGGCAAUAUGUAGUAGGUAGGUAUUCGAUUUCCAGACUGAAUCGAAUAGAAAUUAUAUUUACCUCAGUUUCAGAACGUACCCUACAUCCAAUAAUGCAAUAACGCAAGAGCUUUCGCGCACGAGCAACUCAUACGCGUUUCGUUACGUAGAAAAUCCUUCCUCGAAGCUUGAAAAUAAUAGAAGUAAAUAACCGGAAAAUGCUCACCGUAACGAAAAACACUUCCGCCUGAAUCAUCCGAAAGCAUCAGUCUUAUUUCCGCCCAAUAGGCGAUCACGAAAUUGAUUCGGGGUGCGCGGCGGUGCGAUUAUGCCCGAUUAAAUGAAUGCAUUCCAGAAAUAGAAUCGUCUCUUCGUAAUCUCGUAAUCCCGACUCGAGUUGUCAUCGUCGCCCUUCCCUCCCCCCCCCCUCCUCGCGCUGCACCGCGCGAUGAUUUCGCACGAGCCGAUUGGUGCAGCGAGGCCUAACGCGCCGGAAUCCUCCUCGUCGAGAAGAGAGUCCUCGGCGCCGGAUGCGAUAAAACGGCUCGUCGUCGUCGUCGUCGUCAUCGUCGUCGUCCGCUCUUCCGACACGACGCCGAUAUAAGUGCGUUCACGCCGGGCGUUGCGAGAGGCGGCGGCGCGGAUAAAAGUCGGCGAAGUGUGCUAGGUCAUUGCUUUUCACCGACCGAGCCGAGUGAUCCGUCACAGUCGUCGCGGUACACGCGGACGGUCUUGGAUCGGGGUGCGCCGUGUUCGACUCCCUUUUCGUCUUUGCUAUUUUCUCGCUCGUCAACCUUACGUCGGAAUUUGUCAUCGUGACGACGCGCGACGUGUCGAACGUGUGCCGUCCAUGCGAAUGAGUUAAAUUCGCGUGUAAAUAAUUGGCAGCAAGCACGAGCAUCCUCGGAGGAACAAUUCUAUUCGGAAGAAUCAGACAGUGUGUGACGAGAGACACGGCCGGUUUCCACAUUUGCUCUAUUUAUGGUUCUGUAUAAAUUGAAAGCAAGAGGGAAUACGUGCUUAGAUACCGGCAUUCAGAAACUGACCACGUGGACGGGAAACGGUUAUCGCCGCGGAUUUGCAGGGAUUGACUGAUGAUUCGGUAGAACUCGAGGGAGUGGUCGUGCUGUUUGUUAUUUGACGAUGACGCGUCGAUAAGGCGCGUUUAAUUGGGGGGAAAAAAGGCCGGGUGUCCCACUUGUUGGACCAUUACCGGUGUUUACAAUACGAGAGUGCACCGCCACAUUUGCAGCCGUAAACGUGACAAAAGUGUUCCGCAUUGGGGGCGAUUAACACUCGAUUGGGCGAUCGCGAUCGCGGCGAUAGGAUGAGCCGCAAAAAAGUGUGGAACUCCAUUAUGCGCCGGAAGAAAAAAAAUCACUUGGACUUAAGCUCCAAAGAUGAGAAUCUUCCUUCGGACAAUGUUUCGCCGUUAUUGCGACGAGUUACUACGUUGCCAAGGAGAGGAUCUCAACAUAGGCAUACCUUGGAUCCGGAAUUAUCCUCGGUGCGCGAACACGAUAGCAAUCAUCUUUACGUGGAGUGUGAGUUAAGAUCCCAAUCUUUGCCAAGAGGCUUUCCACCGCAAAUAAUAGUGCAUCGGAUUGACGAUUACGAAGACACAUCGUACGAGAAGGCUUGUCGUAGAGGCAGCGCGCCUGCCACCCCCGUAUUGGGUGCACGACCCCUGGAUGUCACCCCGAACAGGAUCGUUAAUUUCUUUUCGAAGCGAUCGUUCCGUUCGAAUCCGCUGAAGAGAACGAAAAGCGUAACGAAGCUCGAGCGGCAGAAGCAACGGGGCGCCGGUCUCCGAGGAUGCCGAUCACACGAGUCUCUACUCUGUGGUCAAGCGGUCACCUCGAUGGACCUUGCGGCAGUGACGCCGUUGCAUCCGAGCCUCCUCGGCAGACCUCAUUGCUUCCAAGUUACGCCGAGUAAUGGUGGGCCAAAGUAUUUCAGCUGCAGAACAGCUCACGAACGGGACCAAUGGCUGCACAGCUUAAGGAAAUCCGUUCAGCCGGAUGCAGAACAAACACGCCGAACGGACAAUUCCCUGCAGAUCUGGUUACUGGAGGCGAAGGGUGUGCCCGCGAAGAAACGAUAUUUUUGCGAAGUCUGUCUCGACAGUACUUUGUACGCGCGAACGACUGCAAAGUUGAAGGCUGACUUGUGCUUCUGGGGCGAGCAUUUUGACUUCCAUCACUUACCUUCUGUCAACACCAUCCAGGUGAAUCUGUACAGGGAAGCUGACAGGAAAAAGAAGAGAGACAAAAAUGUUUUAAUCGGUUCCGUCAGUAUACCAGUACACAACGUGACAUCGCGUUACUUAACAGAGAAAUGGUAUACCGUAGUAGGUGACAAGGGACCCCUCAAAGAGCCUCCUGCACUAAGAGUAAAGUGCCGCUUCCAAUCAGUUGACAUAUUGCCAGUUCAAGUAUAUCAAGAGUUUCUAGAAUAUCUGAAAACUGAUUACGCAUCGCUAUGCGAGAAACUAGAACCCGUCAUCGGCGUCAAGGCGAAGGAAGAUAUCGCAACUGCGUUAGUAGCGGUGAUGCAACGGGAGAAAAAAGCGCCACAAUUCCUCGCUGACCUUGUCAUGAUGGACAUUCAUCGAAUAGAUGAUGAAAGACUUACUUUCCGAGGAAAUUCGUUAGCCACAAAAGCAAUGGAGGCUUACUUGAAAUUGACUGGAGACAGAUAUCUACAAGAGACUCUGGGAGCAGUUGUGAGGGGCGCAGUCGAAGGCGGCGAUUGCGAAGUAGAUCCUCUCAAAGUCUCUUCAGUGGCUGCUUUGCACAAACAACAGCAGAAUCUUCGCAACGCCGUAGAACUCGCUUGGAGUAGAAUAUUAUCGAGCCACGCUCACUUUCCACUGGAACUACGUGAAUGCUUCCACAUUUUUCGCGAGCGUUUAGCCGAACUAGGCCGUGAGGACAUCGCAGAUAAUCUGAUCUCCGCAUCAAUCUUUCUAAGAUUCCUCUGCCCAGCUAUUCUCAGUCCGUCUCUCUUCAAUAUUACGCACGAAUAUCCGAACGAGAAAGCGGCGAGGAAUCUAACUUUGGUCGCAAAGACACUCCAAACGCUUGCGAAUUUCACGAGAUUCCAGGGCAAAGAAAACUUUAUGGAAUUCAUGAACGAUGUACUUGAACGCGAAGCUCCGUCUAUGAAGAAUUUUCUACAAUUAAUUAGCAGUCCAUUGCCAAAGGAUGCACCAACUAAUAAUUCACUCGAGUUCGACGGCUAUAUAGAUCUGGGCAAACAACUAUCUCUAUUACACUCACUUUUACGAGAAAGUAUGACGGCGAUAGCUCCAUCUUCGCCAUCGAUGCCACCGUCGCGAUUAUCUGAGAUUCUCGAUAAAAUCUCCGUAGCUUUGGAUCAACCGGGUCCAAGUCCCGUGUCCACCACUCACCGUUACCCGAAUCUACAGAACAAUAUUUUCCGAUAUAAUGAUCCGACGAUCGCUAACAGCAAUACAAAUCUUUCCAUUUCGGCCACGUCGACGCUGAGUAAUCACAGCACAAUAAACGGCACGAUCCGAGACAGCAACGAGGUGCUACAAACCAACACUCUGGGUCACAACAGUUCGCGGAGUCCGAACGUUACCAGAGCGGCAACUUUACCACGAAACGCUUAUAUGCCAACGAACGGCAAGUUACAGUUACAAAUCAACUCCGACGAUUAUCCUUUGGAGCCGCCAGCGUUUGUGUCGCGCUCGCCUACACCGAUCACGCGGCAACACAGGCCUCUUGGUUCCAAUAGAUCUGGACCGGGUUACAGACUGACAGCCAGCGCGAGUCUAGCAAACGUCAACCACUGCCAGACUCACCCAACAAGUCCCACGCGUUCUGAAAGCCACAACAACUUAAAGGACUCUAAUUACAACAUUACUGCCUCGCCUCAAAAUAUUCAAUCGAGUAACGGCAGUAUUGUCUCGCAGCAGCAACAGCAUCGACACAACAUCGCGCGCAUGCAGAGUCUCGACAUUCAUGAUCGCGAGGACAAUUUCAAUCACAACAAUUAUAAUAUCUCGAGAUCAGCCAGUCGGAACCAUUGUCAUAAGGAAGAGAACGCUAAUCAGCAGACUCAACAACGUAAUUACAACAAUGUCUCGAAAACUACAGUGAAUGCAAAUGUGGUCGUCAAUCCACCUACGAAUCUCACAUUAUCAAUCAAUCAUCAGCCCAACAAUAAUUACAACAACUCCAAGGCAAAUAACGCGUCCGCCAACGGUAAUCUUGAUGAACUGUCUGACUUACUGAGAUACGCGGAUGACGAAGUGUCGGAAUCCAAAUCACAGAAAGGCUCGCAGAUUUCCAUCUCGCAACUGAGUAAUGUAGCUUCCUCGGGCUACCAGAGUUUUGCUGCUUACAGUCAGAGUUCCAGUCCGGUGGAUCUCAGCAGCAACAAUGCAAACGCGCACAUUCUCAGUACGGCCCCUCUAGCGUUCGCCAAUCCCGUUUAUCAUAUGGAAUCAAAUCACUCGAGGACAGGUAGACGGGAUAGCAGUAGUUCCGAGGAGAGAGAUGGUAGCGGCGGUGGCGGCGUUGACAGCGUCAGAGGAGUUGAUUUAAGUCCUUCACCACCGCCAAAAAAUAACGCGCGUAAUCACCAGAGGAACGGCCAAAACCAAUGGCGGCAGAACAAUCAGACUCAUAGAAACAAUUCGGAACAUUCGCAGGACUGCUGCACGAAGCUCCGAAGAAGACUGUCUUUAGAUUCCACGAGAGACUUAUCAGAUACCAGUGAGGAAGAGAAUUGCACCACUAGGAGAAGCAAGUCUCGCAGUCAUCGAAGCAUCGAUCAAUAUGAAGUGGAUCUGUAUGAGGUGGAAAGGCUACAGAAUAGUGUAGAUCGGCUACGAUUGCGCGCGCGAUUAGGCACCACCGAGGAUGCUGAUUUAGACCUCGCGUCCGACAACAACAUGAAGAGCAUCAUUUCGAGGUUAAUCUCCGUGGAGGAGGAGCUACGUCGCGAGCAACAGAAGAUGUCGGCGGCGUUGUCGUACAAGCAGCGCGUGAUCGACGCGCAGGAACAGCAAAUAGCCGCCUUGGGGGCCGCAAACUCGCGUCUCAUGUCGACAAAUGCGAGUUUGCUUUCGGCACUGAGUAAGCAACGCUACAAUGCCAAGUCCCAAGCCAACAGUGAAGCGACGCCCCUGCUGCAGAACAUCGCCGACAUCGGCGAACUUAAAAGCUCAUCGUGUUAAGCGCGUGUUAUCAAGGCACGACCAGAAAUCAAGGAAGUAAGAAGAGAUCUUCGAAAGCGAAGAAACCGGUGUUCUUUGAAAAGUGUUGAACUGUAAUACGCAUCGUAAACGAUAUUAUGAACGUUCACCUAUUCCGAAUAAUGACUUCAUAACAUUUCCACGAGAUAGACAAUUCGUUGCGGACAAAAUAAGAUUUCUAAGAGAAAUUAGUCCUGUGCGAUUUAACGUCGUUGUUCGUGGGAGAUUAAAGAAGAUUCUUUAUUCAGAGAAGCGUGAGGGAUAUAUCGGUCUUCCUUGGUUGUGUUUUAUUGUAAUCUCUUACAAAUUCCACGAGUCGUUUAAUCGACGUUUGUUACCUUCUGACCUCGAGAUCACGUGCUCGACAAAGAAAAAAAACUUUAAGCGCGAGUAGAUAGACUCGGUGUUGCCUUGAUACUCGCGAAACUCGAGGAUAUGGAGCUUCGUGCCGGCAAACAAUAGAUUACGAUAUGGAAGAGAAUGGCGUGCGAGAAAUAGAGGCUAUUUAGUGAAUAGGCAGACCGAAUAAGUAGACAACUUUUCGAGUUUAUAUAAUGUGACAUAGCGUUAGACUAUAGGUUUAUUUGUACGCGAAUAUAACAAGAGAAAAUCCGUGACUCGUCCGAAGUCAUCAUGGAAAUUGUCCUGAUUACUUGAACGACGAUCGACUUGCGUCAACGCUGACUAGCAAAAUGAAUAUUUGCGAGUAUCUCGACCAGCGACUUUGCUUCGUUCGGCACGAACGAAACGAAAGUGGCAACGAGACUAAUUUCGAUUUUAUCUAAAGAAUCAACAGUGAAAAGCGACUCGAACUGCAUCUUCAUUGAUCCAAAACGAAUUAUUUCGAUCACGUCUAUUUAAUUAGCGAACGCAUGAAUAGAAAUUAAACUUCGUUGGAUCGAAUAUUUGGUAUAAGCGUGAGUCGAAAUUCGUCAAAAAUGUAUAGCUUCUUCAUUUUUAUUUAUUUGAAUCACUUAUCUGGAACAUCCAGAAUGAUCAAAAGUUUUAUUAAUUUCGGUUUGCUAUGCGAUUAAAGAUUGGAUGGCAUCAAACAGUUUAUAUUGCUUGCACAACAAAUCGAUUCCAAUUAGAUCAUCCAAUUGAGGAUCGUUACGUUCGGCAGUGGGGACAUGAAUGGCCCAUGAAGAAGCCCCCAAUCGACAAAUCGCAUAUAUAUAUAUAUAUAUAUAUAUAUAUAUAUAUAUAUAUAUAUAUAUAUAUUUAUAUUUAUAUGUUCCCUUGUUUCUACUAUUGUAUCUACGCACAAGCCGCACGCCGUAACAGUUUAGAAAUAAUAUAAUGUCUGAGGAAUGUAAUAUUGAUGUUCGCGCCACAUCACAACAUAGGAGCAUCCUUGAGCACCGGAUCAUACUGCAGGACCUCGCCUACGUAUAUUUAUAUAUAGGCGUGUCUAUUUUUCUAGUUUGUUCCCCCCAUGCAAGGUCUCUCACGACCGUAAAAUACGAUUCUCAUUUUUGUGUGCGAAUUUUUCGAUCGUGAAGCCUGCGUUGUGUUUUCUUUUUAAAACGAACGAAAUUUGGCCAAAUAGUUCGCGCGAUUUUUUUUUAACUUUAACGAGUAUCGAGCGAGGAACGGAACAAGCUUCUACGACCAAAAGGCGAGAGUCCUUCGAAGCGACAGAAGGCUCGGCAAGCAGACUUCCAAAGCGACAUUUCAUGUUCGUCUCUUCGAACUUUUUUUUAUCUCGACGAACAAAUCACGAUUACCUUUGGUUCAGCAUGAUCCUUUACUCUAAGCGACGAUAUUUAUUUAGUAGUGUCUACCAAAGAUGAAGAAUUUCGAAUUGUAAAGAAAGUAUUGAGAUUUAUGUAAGAUAUUUGAUUUUCUUUUUUUUUUUAUAAUACUUCCGCCGUUCCCGACAAAGGUGAUAGCAAUUAUCACACUGAGAUGUAGCCGGGAAUGGUAUUCGAGCACGAGAAAAAACAAUGUGCACGGCACGUGACGAAAUUCGGAAAUCGUUUUUCCCGCUCGAUAUUAUUCGAAGUAACAUUUUUACACAAAUCCGAGCCGUGCGCAAAUCACCGGUAACUUUGCGUGUAAGCAGCGCAUAACAAUUAAUUAACGCAUGACAAUUAAUUAAUUAGGUUUCUCGAAGGUCUCACUCGUUCGCAAAGCGUUAAUGUGUUACGUUUUACAUCACAAUAACAAUUAUUAUUGCAGCCAUUGUUCGUAUAAUGCGUGUGAAAGACUGAAUGAGAAAAACGAGUGAGAGAACGAGAGAGAAAAAGAAAGCGAGAAAGAAAGCAUGAAAGGGAGAAUGAAAGAGUGUGUGUUCGCGCGGAAAGAAGUGUGAGAAAAGAUUAUAAUCAGUUUAAUCUUGCUAAGGAAAAAAAAGUAUUAUCUCGUCAACUUUGUACCAUAAUUAUUCUCGCCUGUCCGCGUUUGAGUUUCUUGCCCAACGCCAAUUACUUUUUGUAUAGAGAUUGUCCUCAUCCUCCUUUCUCCUCGUUCCCUAUCAUUUCCUUUUAUAUUUCCCUUUCUUCCGUACCGUAGAAAACUGUAACCGUAUUGCGUUCGCGGCAAACCGCCUCUCUUAGAAGUUACUUUCUUUGACUCGUCGAGAGUAUUUACAUCUGAUAAAAUUAAUAUAUUAACGCUAUCACUCACUUCUUGUUGGAUGAUGUAAUCGAUGAAUAUCUAUUUAAAGAAUCACUUAAAUAGCGUGUACAUUAUUGAGUUUUGGUAUAUUCGUUUUUGCAAUAGACCACCUGUAUUUAAGCAUAUAGCGAUUACACUACAUGAACAAAUAAAUACGAUUAGACAUCA